AUGGACACCAUGGACGCGAGAUUAGCCGGAGGGACACGCAGUGGUGGCGCAGCGCAGGCGGGAGAAUUUUCCUCAGACCCCGGCAGCAGUGGCGGUUCUGCUCAAGACAGCCAGGGAACUACUAGAGAGGACGGCAGUGGAGGAGGAGGGGGAGGGACUGGAGAGGGAGGUAGCGGCGCAAAUGGCGCGGAAGGAGGCGGCGGCGGCCAGACACGGCACCGCGACGCCCCACCGUCGUCCUCGCUGGAGGCGCCACCCUCCUGCUACUACUGGCUGCUGCUGCUGCUGCUGCCGCUCGCCGGCCAAGGACGCUGCCACAGCGCGGGGCGGACGUCACACUGCGGCAGUCCGGGCCUGUCUGGAGUGUAG